UUAACACCCAUUACCAAAUGAAACCGUGCUUCACAGUCUAAACCAAUUUCAUAGAAGACACAAUCAGGGAUGAGACUGUCAGUAAGAGGAUCCAAGUUUCGGUGAGCGAAGAGACACAUCCAAACCAUCCAAACCAUUACCGCAAUCGAGAUUUGAUAGAGGUAUUAUUAAAGUAUUUAUCAAUAUUAAAUAAUUUUCAGUAAGAAGAAUAUUUUGAUACAUUUACCAAAGCAGUACCACUAAAAAAGAUUUCACUGAUGCUUUAUGAAAUGUCCAUUAGGAAUGUUUCUUACUUCUACAUCAACCACUCUUAUAAAUAGAAAUAAAUCAACUUAUUUUAGUAAGCUUAAACAGUUUACUAAUAAAAUAAGUAUAAUUAACUUUAUUAAUUUAAAAGUUUUUAUACAAAAUGAAUAGAACUACUCUUAAUAAUAAUAUCUCCAAUUAAAUAUGUAGGUUAGCAAACAAUUAAUUUUUUUAACAAUCAUAUAAAUACAAUGUGUAAUAAAACUAUGUAUUAGGUGGUUCAAUAUCAAUAUUAUCUCUUAAGCCGAGUUUACACAUAACAAUGUGAUUGACAAUUUAUCGUCAUUAUUAUUGUUCAAAUUAAUCAAAAGAGUGAGUACUGUUUACACGUAACAAUUUCUUGUCGACUGUGGUACACUCAGACCUCAGUUUGCCAUUAAUGCAAUGCAUUAAUUUUUUUCACAACUGUGUUUUUGUCUGCUUAUAGAUCAAACUCCUUGUAUUUUUUAACAAUCUCUGUAUAAGCAGAGUCUUUUAUACCUGUCCGAAUAUUCUUUGUUCUUAACAAGCCACCAGGAGCUAACACUCCGAUAGAAUUCUAUAAAUUCACCCAAGAAAUUUCAAGGACUUUGUUUAACUUCCAUGUUCACCAAAAUUAAAAUUAAAAUAAUGAUAAACGAAACAACAAUAGUUCCCAUGAACAGUCUAUGCAAAUUAAAUUAAAUUGUACCAAUAAGUGGCUGCUACAUGUUUACAUGUUCCUCCUUAACAUUAUGAUUUGCAAAAAUUGAUGCCAACUGGCAUCAAUCAUCCAAUCCAAUUACAAUAAAUCAUUACAAUGUCCUGUUUAUAUGCGAUGAUAAAUCUUAAAAAUUCAAUUGUUACGAUAAAUUGCUAGCAUUUACAAGUUUUAAUUCUCAAAUCAACUGUCCUUAAUUAUUGUGUCAAAUACCUUUCAACAUUACUCAACUUUAGUAAUUAUAUAUCACAAACAUUCAACACAUCUACCUUAUAUCAAAAUUGCAGUUAUUUUGCUCAGUUUAAAAGAACACUAACUAGACAAUUCAAUAAAAUAUUUUGAUUUUUCAAUGAUGACUCAUGAAGGUAAAAUUCACAAUUAAUUUAAUAUUAAUCUCAUUCAGAUUCCUCCCUCUUCCCCAUAGUCACCAUUAUUAUUAUAUUUGGAAAAAAAUAUUAUUAUUAUAUGUUGUAUUUAUAUUUAUUUAAUAAAAAUAAUGACUGAAUAAAUUAAUGAUUAUUUUAAUAAAUAUUGAUAUGUAUAAAAUUCUGCUAUGUCUUCUAAAAUGGUAUCGUAGAAAUUUCUAUUAUUUUAUAACCGAUUGCCACAUAAAUUAUUAAUUUUGGUUCUCUAUUGCCAUUUGGCCAAACCCUAAAUUCUGUGUAUAAAAUCUACAUUCUGGAAUCUAUACAAUUAUAUGAAUAAUGCUGAAAUCCUUACUUUAAAUUUAUAUAAGCUAUCCAAGUGUCAGAAUAAAUUAAAGAAUCAGCUUUUAUAUUAUUGUUAUUUCUGAUUAAUUAGACACAAUAAUAACAGAACGUUUUGUUUUUCGGCAUAAACAACAGAACAGCAAACCAUUGAACAUCUACUGUUGUGAUAAUAUAUGCUCAGUAUUAAUUUUUUGACAUUUAUAGAAUCUUUAAUAAAUUUCUACAAUUAAAUUUAGUUAACCUUAUUGACUAAUACUAUAUUCAUCUGGUAAUUGAAUGAAUAGAUCUUAAGAAUUCAUUUUCAAACAAUAAUAGAUAAAAAUAUACUGAGCCAUAAAAUUUCAUGAUUAUUAGUGCAGUCUUUUUUUUUUUUUUAUAAAAUUGUAUGAUUAAACUAAAUUAUAGUAUGUUUUCCUUUCUUAUGAGCAAAUAAUAACUUAUCUAAUUGAUAUUAUAUUUCAUUCUGUUAUAAUAAUGGCGGGGUUAUAACAAACCAGAAUGCCAAGGUGAUAAUAAAUCAGUAUCUUAAAAUUAUUAAGCAAUGAUUGAAGCAUGUAAUUUUUUUUUAAAUUGUUCAUAUGACAUUGACCAAAUUAUCCUAAAUUGAGAUAUUAAAUAAAUAAAUAAAUAAUAGGUUUAAAUAUGAAUAGAUGUAUACGACAAAUAAAUAAAACAAAAUAUAAAAUGCAAAAUGUAGACUUGCAAUAAAAAAUAACAUAAUUAUAAUUUAAAGAAAUUUAAUUGCUGAAUGGUGGGAUUAGAUAAGUCAAUUAAUUCUGCUUCACAAAUGUAUCUCCAGGUUUUUUAGCCACAUUACUGCUACCUCUUCAGCCCUGUGUAGCCUUACUAUGGCCCCAUUGAAUUUAGUCUUGGGGCUUCAAUUAUGUAUUGUAUAGUUUGUUCCACUCCACAUGAAUACAAGGGAGAUUCUGUUUAAAUCUGUCCACACAUGUCAAGGGAGGUAGGUUGAAACUCAUAACUCUUGACAUUGGAUCUUCAAUCAAUAUUAGCAUAUAAAUGUAUAUUUUUUUUAACAAUUAAAGAUUAAUAUUGAUGGAGUAUAAGACUUAAAAAUGUGCUUAUAUUUGGGUAACAAAAAAUUUGUCUCAUGACCAGGGCACAGGACUUUUAAUACUUAAAAUCCACAAAAAAAGCAAUUUAAAAAAAUUAAUCUGUGUAUUAAUGGUAUCAAUCAGUUAUCAGUAUGAUAAUACAUAGAGUUGUACAUUUACAGAUGACUUUUUUAGUAGGUAAAUAUUUGUUUUUCGGUUUAAAAAAUUGUAAAUUAUUCAGAAAAUAAUAAUAAAUGUGUUCAAAAGUUGUGGGAUAAAUUGUAUAUGUUGGUAUAUACUGAUAUCAUUGAUUAAUCAAUGCUGAUACCCUAAGUAACUAGAAUGCUAAUCAAUUCUUAUUUUACUCACUCAUGCAAUUAUAUUACUAAAUUUUUAAAUAAAAAUUAUAAACAUCCAUAAGUAUUUCAGAAAUCAAAAAGGGCUAGGGCAUUUAAAAAACCAAAAACAUAUAUAAAUGAAAGGCAGAAGGGCCCAUAGUUUAACUUCCCUUAAUUCUGGUGGAUCAGUAUUUGCUUGACUAUAUGCCCCACUACUUAAUGUUUAAACAGCAAUUAUUAAAAAUAAUAUAAUACAUAUCUAAUAAGUAAUAACUAUUCAAUAUACAUUCUCAGCAAAUUAAUAUUAUGCUCGUGAAUAAACAAAAUUAAAAAAAAAAAGUUUGAUGAAAUGAACAAUAUUAGUCAUAAUUUAGCAAGAAUAGGCAAAAAUGAUGUUACCAUAACCAAAUUAACAGUUAAUGAUAGUAAAUAAUUUUAUUGAUAAUCUCAAUGUGAUAAAAUAAACAUCUAAUAAAUAAAAAAAAAAUUUGUUGAUUUCAUAAAUUUCAGUUUUGUAAUGGUACCUACAGGCUACUACCUUUUGUUUAAACAUAAUCUUCAAGAUAAGUUAGAUGUUGACAUUUUCAUUUUCUUUUCUGAUUAAUGUUAGAUUCCUUUUCUACUUCGGUUUCUUUUGGUUCAACACCUGGCUAUAUAUAUUAUACGCUGGUCAGUACUUCAAUAGUUACACAAUAGUUUUUCUAGUUGGUCAUGUCUUGUUGAGCUGCCCUCAAAUGUUUUUUUGUUAUAUUUAAUUAUUUUUUAGGAUUCUAUAAAUUAAUGCUCUAAAAUCUAUUUGUUUUGAAACUUGUAUAUUUGCAUACAAAUUACAUUAUAAUUACAAUAUUUUUGAAUAUUGCAAAAUACAUUUUUAUGCAAACAUUAAUAAAAAUGUCAAAUGCUCUUUCCUGGAAAAUUUUUCCCUAAAGAUUAUUCUUAAGCAUUUUUUAAUGCUAACAUUUAUAAUUUAUGUAUAAUACUCAAUUUGGCUUUUUGUCUUUUAAUUAAGUAAUUUAUUAUAUCAUCUUUAGAAUUUAUUCUAAUUUGUUUAUGUUUAGAUAAAACACUGAAUAUAUUCAAUAACACGAGAUCAAGAUGAGUGAUAAUGAACAUGAUGUUGAAGCGGAGAACGCAGAAAAGAGAGCACAUCAUAAUGAAUUAGAGCGUAAACGACGUGAUAAUAUUAAAAACAGCUUCACAAGUUUGAGACAUUCUAUUCCGUCAUUACAAAGCCAAAAAGUUGCAAGCCGUGCCUCAAUAUUAAAAAAAGCAGCUGAUUAUAUACUGUCCAUGAGGCGCAGAAAUAUAUCCCAUCAACAAGAUAUUGAUGAUCUCAAACGGCAGAAUGUUAUUUUAGAAUCUCAGAUAAAAACAUUGGAGAAAGCCAAGGCCACUGGAAAUUAUGCUAUGAAUACUCACAAAUUAGAUUUAGAUAUGCUAGAGUCAGAAAAUUCUGAUACAUCAGAUGACGAACUUCAGAAGUCUAGAGAAAUAUUAAAAAAACAAAAGUUUGGUCAGUAA